CAUAUGUAUACGAAAUAUAAUAACGCUUAUACAUAUACAAAUAAGUAUGUAUAUAUUUUUAAUACACGUAUAUCUCAUUUAAUUCUUAGAGGUAUAACGAUUGUGUUCUAAAAAAUACUACAAAUAAUAGAUUUGUAUUUAAAGAUCAAUGAAAAUAAUAGUACAAUAAAAAUCGUUAUGUCCGAUGGACCAUGAUUGUCAAUUUAAAAAACAUGGUGCAUAUUAAAAUACUAUAAACAAAAAAAUGUUAUAUUUAAGUGCAAUUAUGUUAUAAACAUCAUGAAAUGUUUAAUUAAUUUUAGUUUUGGCUUAAAAACUAUCCUAUAGUUGUCAAAUAUACGAAAUAUCAUAUGUGGGACUCAUUAUUAUUGUUUAAAAUAAUUUGAACAAUGUCAGAUAUCAAACACCAACAAUCAAAAAUGUUAUCACAACAUUCAGUUGAAGAUCAGGAUAAUUCAAUACUACAGGUAGUACAAAAAUCGCCUUCAGAAAUUAAUGAAGUUAAUGUCGUUGAUUAUUUACAAGACUGUGUAAAUAAAUUUUUAACUAAAGAUUCAGGAAUACAUUUAUCUUCUACGCCAAUAUGUAAUUCAAACAUUGAGUCACAAUUGAAAAACAAAAAUAAUGAUUAUAAAAAUAAUAUUGAAUUGGAUUUUAUAAAAAUUGAAAACAUUUUUUUACAAAAUAUACCAAAUUCUCAAAAUGAAUUGAGAUUUAAAUGCAUAGAGCAAAAUCAUUUAAAAAUGAAAAAUGAAUCUGCAGAAUCUAUAACUCAUUUAGAUGAAAAGAGUACUAAUAGUAUUAAAUCAAUAAAAAUGAAUAAUGCAAUUGAUACAGAAGAUGUAAAAAGUAACAAUAUCCCUAUUAAAGUAAAAAAGGCUUUUGUACUUGAGAAAAAUAUUUUUACUCAAGUUAAAGAUAAAUCGUAUAAUUUAGAAGUUAAGAAUGAAAAUUUGAAUGAUGAAAAUAAUGAUCCUGAAACUAAAUUUAUAACAUCAAAUAAUCAGAGUAAAAUUAAAAUCAAUAAUCUAGUUAUGUUAAAUAAACAAGUUAAAACAUGUAGUCAAUGUUCAAUGACAUUUAGAUAUAAAAGACAUUUAGAUCGGCAUCUGGAAGGUCAUCAAAAAAAUAAUUGUUCUCACUGCAGUGCAAAAUUUGCCAGGCGUAAACACCUUGAUAUACACUUAUUUCGUUCACAUGGUGAAAGAGUAACAAAAUAUCCACAUUCUUGUGAUGCAUGUUCCCGUAGUUUUCCUAAACGUAUUUUAUUAAAUCGUCAUCGUGCAAAACACAACUAUGAAAAUGGCAAAGUUUGUUCAGAUUGUGGAGAGAUGUUGAAAGUAGAAGAAGAUGAUAAGGAACACAAAGAAAAUCAUUGCACACGAAAACAAUUUAAAUGUAAAAGAUGUUUACAAACAUUUAGUAUUGAACAGACAUAUAUAGCUCAUAUCCAAAAUCAUGAUAAUCAUAAAUGUCCAAAGUGUGAUGUCACUUUUGCCUCCAAAAAGAAGGUGCAUGAACAUUACAAAAUGGUGCAUUCUUCAAAAUUGAAUCAUAAUAAAAUAUCAAAUAAUGGUAUUUACUUUUGUACUGACUGCAGGCAUACUUUUUUAAAAAAGGAUGAUUAUUCUCGUCAUUUAGAUUCUACAUUACAUCUUAAUAAAGUAAACAGGGAAAUAUUCCAAAGAGACAUUUUUACAUGCCUAAUUUGUUCUAAGAAAUUAAUUUCACAAAGAGCUCUCGAUCAACAUGUUAGACGUAUACAUAAAGAAGAAAAAAGAUUUACAUGCAAUAUAUAUGGUUGUACAUUUCAGUGUGCAAGAAAAUCAGAUUUGGAUAGACAUAGACAAUUACAUGUAGAACAAAGAAAUGUUGUAUGUGAACAAUGUGGUAAAACUUUUACUAGUGUUAGUAUUCUUAAUGAUCAUGUUCUCUAUAUACACAAUAAGGAAAGACAAUUUAUAUGUGAAGAAUGUGGUAAAGCAUUUAAACGAAAUAGUUUAUUAAAAAGACAUAAAUUAUCUCAUCAACAAUAUCGGCCAUUUGCUUGUAUGCAAUGCAGUACUGCUUUCAAGAGAUCCCAUCAUCUUUCUCGUCAUAUGGAAACUUGUCAUAGAAUUACACUUGAGAAGAAAAAGAAGGUUGUAAAACUUAUGAAAACAGAAGAUGGUCAUCUUGUUCCAGUACCAGAGAAACCAAAAAAGCUUAAACCUAAAAAAUUAAAAAUGAAAGCAGGAUCUAAUAAAAUCUUAUCGUCAGAUGACAAAUCUGUUACUUUUCAAAACAUGGAUAUUAAUAACAAAUAUUCUGAUUCAUAUUUGGAAGCACACACAUUGCUUAAUUCUAAUGACUUAUGUGAAAAUUCAGCAUUGCCAUUAGAACUUACAAAUGUAUUAUCGAACACAGAUUUUGCCCCUCAGGUUCUUUCAUUAGUAGAUAUUAACGCAGAACAAAUUGUGACUGUAGAAGUUACUACUCCAAAAACAUUAAUAAUGAAUGAUCUUGUAGAUCAACUUGAAAUAAAUUGUAAUGAAAUAUUGAAUCUAACAAAUUAUCAAGAUUUAGAACUUGGAAUUUCAAAUACAGAUCAAAAUUUGUAUGAUCAUAUAAAUUAUUCCGAAUUAUCAUUAGAAACUGCUGAAGGAACAUCAUUUUUUGUGGAUUCGAAUAUUAACAAACUAGAUACUUUACCAAUAGAAAAUUAUUUGAAUCAAUCGUUUCCAUCUUUUUUAAAUUUUUAAUCAUAUUACAUAAUAUGUAUUAAUAUAAAAUAUCUAGCUUAUAAGCUAAAGAAUUUUUUCUAUAUCUCUAUCAUUAUUUGAAUUUAUAGAUACAAAAUUUUAUUAACAUGAAUUAUAAAUAUAUAUUAAAAGUAUGUAAAACUGCCUAAAAUUACUUUAAACAUAAUUAAAAUGUUUAAUAAGUGAUCAACAAAAAUGUGAUAUAUUUUGUAAUACUUAGAUUUUAUCAAAAUUUAUCAUGCAUUUAAUAAGUAUAGUAAGUAAUGAGUAUAAAUAAAAUUGUAUAGUAAUCUUUCUAGAUUUUUUAUUUAUAGUUGUUUUUAUUAAUGUAUAUAAUAUAUAAAUGCCAUGAAUAUGUUAUUCUUUUUGCUUAAAAAUAUACAUUUUAAUGAAUAUAACUAAUGUUUAUUUUUAUUAUUUAUUAGAGACAUGGAUAACUCAUGCUAGUUAUCAUGAUGAGAAAAUUAUAAAACAAGGUAUGCACAAUCUCAUAUACUCUUAUCAAAUUUGAUUAAUUUCAGAUGAGCUCACAUGAGCUCACCAUAAAAACAUUUUGUGACAUGCCAAAUCAGUUUUUUAUAAGUAUAAAUCAUUAUUUCUCAAAAUAUGAUAUAACAUUAGAUAUAUUUAUUUUUCCAAUUUUAUUAGUGCUAAUUUACUUAAUUAGUGCCAUUCAAUAAAUAAUACUUUGUUAUAUUUUGUA